AUGUUCCCCCGGCGUGGUGACGCCAUUUGCACUUCGCGACGGUGUGAGCUGCGCCACCUGGCUGCGUGGGCGGAGCGCGUGAUAACACGCAGGCAAAUCGAUGUGUCUGUUGAUGGAGUUGGUGUCCGACACCCACGCCUCCAACAGCUCUCGCCCUGUCUUGUUGCCGGCUCGCGCCAAUAUCCGCGUGUUGGCGAAGUCGAACUCAUGCCCUUCCUCGAGCGUGUGAGUGGCUACUUGAGACAAUGGGUCGCCUCUCCGAACGGCCCGUUUGUGCUCAAGUAUUCGUGA